CUAAUCUUUUGCUGUUCCCUCCAUGUUUGGGUGAAGAACUCUCUCUCUCUCUCUCUGUCACUGAGAGUUGGGCCGCCUAAUCCCUCUCCAGCUUCGUCAUCUCUUCUCGCACUUCUAGUAGGCAAUAAUGGCUCAAAUUUCUGAAGUUAAAAGCAACCAUGGAGUUGUUUGUUUGGAUAUUAAAGAUAGUGAUCUCAAUCUCAACUCUCCAAGCUCUGUGCCCAACAACAAUGAACACUCAGGCUUCUAUUUCACUGCGCCUUUCAUUCAAAAGGUGAUAGCGGAGUUGGGAGGAACAUACUUGCUGAUAUUUGGUGGUUGUGCGGUGGUGGUGGUGAAUUUAGGCAGAGACAAUGUGGUGACAUUCCCCGGAAUAGCAAUUGCAUGGGGAUUACUUGUGAUGGUUCUCGUUUACUCUAUUUCUCACAUCUCUGGUGCUCAUUUUAACCCUGCUAUCACCAUUGCUUUUGCUUCUUGCAAUAGAUUUCCAUGGAAGCAGGUACCGGCAUAUAUUGCAGCUCAAGUUGUAGGAUCAACACUAGCAAGUGGAACCCUAAGACUAAUAUUCAAUGGAAAGUAUGAUCACUUUGCAGGAACAGCUCCGGCUCCGGGAGGGUCGGAUGUUCAAUCUCUGAUACUGGAGUUCAUUAUCACUUUCUUCCUCAUGUUUGUCGUAUGCAGUAUCGCCACCGAUGACAGAGCUAUCAAAGAACUUGCUGGGCUUGUUAUUGGAGCUACAGUCUCAGUUAAUGUAUUUUUUGCAGGGCCAAUUACAGGGGCAUCAAUGAAUCCGGCAAGGAGUUUGGGGCCAGCAAUCGUAUGGAACCAGUACAAGGGGCUGUGGAUUUACAUAGUUGGUCCUACUUUUGGUGCUGUAGGGGCUGCUUUGGUCUAUAACAUCUUCAGGCCAAAAACAGACGAGUCUUUGCCUAGCAUUUCCAAGACUUGGUCUUGUUGCCACAGAGGCUCGGGUAGAAUCUCCUCUAGUUAACCCAAAAUGCUCCCAUUUUCUGACUCUGAAUGCUCUCCUCUUCCUCAAGGAGACUAACUAGUUAGGAGAUUUGUAAUGGAAAUCAAAACUCCACUUGUGAACUUUCUCUAGUUCACUUGUUAUCUAUAUGUAUAAAUGUGUUUUGGAUGUACAUCUCAGUGUAUUUGGAUCUUCUCUACUUUAUAAUGGAAUAGCAAUUCUCAUUUUGUAAUCAAUGACAUAAA